CCAGUGAAAGGAGAAAAUGAAGGGCAUUAAGGAAAGCCCUUCCGAAGAAUGUCUGUAUUUGGACUUUUCUCAUCAAAUAGAAGGCUGCAUCUAUCCUCUGCACACAGCAGUGACCUUGUUUCUGUUAUCCUACUGUGACUGUCAAGUCUUUAAAGUGUGCUUAGUUCCCACUAAAGAAAGUAAAGAUAUUUCCUUGCUUGAAAGUAUCCCGCCCCAGGAUGUUCAAAUAUGUCUUAUUUCCAGGCUGGAGCUGCCCCCUAUAGUCCAGAAUUGCCAUUUGCCUGCAGUGAUGGAAAAAUCAGACAAUUUCUGUAGAGCUGGACUUGCUGUUGUGCUGAGACACAUCAUCCAAAAGUCAUACGAAGCAGACCCCUCAAAGAAGGAGAUUCUGGAACUUCUGGGGUUCAAGAAGACUUGCUUGAAAGCCUGCGCUGAAGUUAGUCAGUGGACCCGCCUCUGUGAACUCACCAUCCCCUUAGCCAUUGAGAACUUCCUCAGGGAAUCCGACCCAAACCCCACGGUCCCUGCAGAGCUGCUACAGCUGGAGAAGAAGUUGAGCGAGCCAGUGCGCGUGCACAAUGAUGACAAGCUGCGGAGGCAGAAGCUCAAGCAGCAGAAGGUGGCCAAGUCAGGGCCCAACCUUGCUUGGGAAGGAGGAAAUGCCAGCCAGAAGCCCACUGAGGCCUUGGACUUCCCGCCCAGAAGCGUGGAGCUGCAGGUAGCUUUCUCCAAACUCGGGGUGGAGGAGGAACCAGGGGCCUUGGCAGGCAGGGAGCCCCCUCACAUCCGCAAGGCCAGAGCCACAGAUCUACCAGCGCUGGAGCACAUGUUUGCAGAGGGCCUGUACUUCACACUGACUGACAUAGUCCUCCUGCCCUGCAUCCAUCAGUUCCUGGUAACUAUUUACAAGAAAUUCUCUGAGAAGCUUAUGAAAUUUCCGCUGCUGGCUGCAUGGUACCAGAGGGUCCAGGAAGUGCCACGUGUGAAAAGAGCAGCACUGCAGUGUGGGAUCCACUUUCUCCACCUGCCAGAGUUGCUAUCCACCCCCAAUGAGCAGCACCCCAAAUUAGCUGAGGCCCUAGGACCAGAGGAACCAAAUGAGCCUUCGUUUCUAGGUGGACCAAGACCCACAAUGACCAAGUUAAUGGAAAAAGGCAUUGGGGUGACGUUUUCCCCACACCCUUGCCCCACAUGGACCGUUGAUUGGAACACUCUUCCUGCAGCUGUGAGCCCAAAGGAAGGUAAGAUGUCCAGCGACCGUGCCUUGAGGAAGCAACAACAGUUGAACAACCUAGUCUACGUAGUGAGCAGCCAGGCCAAGUCAGGGGACCGGAUUGUGGAUUUCUGCAGUGGUGGGGGCCAUGUCGGGAUCGUCCUUGCUCACUUGCUGCCCAUGUGUCAGAUCAUAUUAAUAGAAAACAAGGAAUUAUCAUUAAUCCGUGCUAAGAAAAGGAGUGAUGAGCUCAGUUUAAGCAACAUUUGGUUUAUUCAAGCAAAUAUGGAGUAUUUUACAGGGAUGUUUAAUUUUGGGGUGGCUUUGCACGCAUGUGGAGUGGCCACGGACAUGGUGAUUGAGCACUGCAUCAGUGUCCGCGCCACCUUCGUCACGUGUCCUUGCUGCUACGGCUUUAUCCAGAGAACUUCCAAGUUCAAUUUCCCAAAAAGUGAACAAUUCAAGGAAGUCUUGUCGUACAAGGAACACAUGAUUCUGUGCAGAUUUGCAGACCAGACUGCACUGCAGCUCCCAGCCCCACGCAGGCUCAUUGGGAAGCAGUGCAUGUGCCUGGUGGAUCUGGACCGAGCCCGGGCGGCAGAAGAGCGGGGCUACAGCGUUCAAGUCAUUUCCAUGGAACCAGAGAGCUGCUCUCCCAAGAACAACAUGAUCGUGGGGGUCCCCAUGUAGGAUGGGGCACGCCUGCAUCCCCAUACUGCCUACUGCCUGUGUCUUCUUGAUGAGAGACCCUCACCUCACAGCAGUGCUUGGUAGGACUUGAGAGCAGCACCCACUGUCCUGAGCCCACUGUGCUGGGCUAACAAAGUGCCAGGAACACCUGGAGGAGAGCCAGCCCUGGGA